CGUUUGUUUGAUAACAGACUUUUGUCCUGGGGGAGAAUUGUUCGCGUUGCUUGACAGACAGCCUAUGAAAAUAUUUAAAGAGGAAUCUGCCAGGUUCUAUGCAGCAGAGGUUGUCAUUGGCUUGGAAUAUCUUCAUUGUUUGGGAAUUGUCUAUCGGGACCUGAAGCCUGAGAAUAUUUUGCUUCAGAAGGAUGGGCAUGUUGUCUUAACUGACUUUGAUUUAUCAUUUUUGACAUCCUGCAAACCCCAAAUAUUAAAGCCUCCAGCACCGAAUAGAAGAAGAUCUAGGAGUCAACCUCCACCCAUAUUUGUUGCAGAACCAGACACUCAUUCAAAUUCGUUCGUUGGAACCGAGGAAUAUAUUGCGCCUGAGAUUAUCACUGGUGCAGGUCAUAGUAGUGCUAUUGAUUGGUGGGCUCUAGGUAUUCUUUUGUAUGAGAUGCUCUAUGGCCGUACACCUUUUAGGGGAAAAAAUAGGCAGAAAACAUUUUACAACAUCUUGCACAAAGAUCUCACAUUUCCGAGUAGCAUCCCGGUUAGUCUUGCAGCCAGGCAAUUAAUUAAUGCAUUAUUGAACCGAGAUCCUAGCUGCCGUUUAGGAUCAAUUAUGGGUCCAAACGAAAUUAAACAACAUCCUUUCUUCCGCGGAAUUAAUUGGCCUCUAAUACGCUCUAUGGUAGUGCUACUUCCCAUAUUUUUGCUCAAUAUUGAUUUGCUUCUUGAACUUGCGUAUUUCUUGUAUGUCCUU